UUUUUUUUUAUUUUAUUUUCCCAUUGAAAAACAAACUAUAUAAUCAUGACUCUUGGCUUUGAUGAAGACCUUCCUCAAGAUGUGUAUGAAUUUAAUGAAAUUCGUAAAAAGCUUUCCUACAACAAUAAAUCAGGGAUUGCAUCCAUUUUGAAGCCUGCCCCAGUGACUCAACAUCUACCAGCAUUUGAUGCAGCUACAGGUAAACCUUACUUCAAGCCUUAUCGUGGAUCUGGCAAGUUGGAAGGCAAAUACGCAUUGAUCACUGGUGCUGAUAGCGGUAUUGGAAGAUCAGUGGCUACUUUGUACGCACUUGAAGGAUUGGCUGGUGUGACGAUUGUAUACCGUGAUGAAAGUGAAGAUGCCGAUGCUUUGUAUACCAAAAACACAAUUGAAGCUCAAUCAUCAUGCAAAGUUCAUCUGAUUGCUCGUGAUGUUGGUUAUGAAAAGAAUUGUAAAGAAAUUUUGGAUGCUCAUCUUGCUCAAUUUGGGCGUAUUGAUAUUUUGGUCAAUAAUGCUGCAGAACAACAUAAAGUAUUGAAGGUAGAAGAUUUGGAUUGUGAUACUGUGGAACGUACAUUCAGAACCAAUGUGUUUGGACCUAUUUUCAUGACCAAACUUGUAUGCAAUCAUCUUAAGGCUGGAGGCAUCAUCAUCAAUACUGCAUCCAUUGCAGCUUAUCGUGGUAUGGAUGUUUUAGUAGAUUACUCAGCAACCAAAGGAGCAGUAGUUUCUUUUACACGUGCACUUUCACAACAAUUAGCAGAAAGAAGAAUUCGUGUUAAUGCUGUUGCACCUGGACCUGUAUGGACACCUUUGAUUCCUAAUACUUUUAAUGAACAAGAAAUUCAUAACUUUGGAUCAUUCCCACCUUUCAAACGUCCUGCUCAACCUUGUGAAGUAGCUGCUGCAUUUGUAUUUUUGGCAUCGGAUGAUUCUUCUUUCCUUACUGGUCAAGUUAUUCAUCCUAAUGGUGGUACAGUUGUCAAUGCUUAACAAAAAAAAAAAAAAAAAGAUUGUUUAUAUAAAUAAA